CCGACACGACCAAACCCACGAGAGAAGAAGAGAAAAAAGAGACUCGGCUUGCUCCAUCAGCAAGGAGGAAGCGGAACGCGCGAAUCCAACUCCGCCGCCGCCGCCAUGAGCGCCAUGAAGUUCUGCCGCGAGUGCAACAACAUCCUGUACCCCAAGGAGGACAAGGAGCGGCAGGUGCUCCUCUUCGCCUGCCGCAACUGCGAGCACCAGGAGGUGGCCGGCGACAACUGCGUCUACCGCAACAUCGUGCACCAUGAGGCCGGGGAGCGCACGCAGGUCCUGCAGGACGUCGCUUCCGACCCCACCCUUCCCCGCACCAAGGACGUCCGCUGCGCCGCCUGUGGCCACGGCGAGGCUGUCUUCUUCCAGGCUACAGCAAGAGGGGAGGAGGGGAUGACUCUGUUCUUCGUGUGCUGCAACCCCUCUUGCGGCAACCGGUGGAGGGAGUGAACGAUUCGCAUCUCCUUCCCGCGGAGGCUACCGUCGACCCGUGCCCUUUAGGAUCAUGCUCUGGAAUUUAGAGUUUCCGAUAGCUAGCGGUCUUGUUAGAGCACAAGAGAGCUGAACUUGUGAAACAUAUAACUGUGGUUUCAGUACUUGCUCGUGACCAUGUACUUAAUUUACAAACCCUUAUGUCUCUAAUCACAUUUUAUAGGUUGGUUCUUGCCUAUCCACUGUUAA